UGGAGUAUCCUUACUUCCAAUAAUACGCUGUACAUAAGCAGGCCUUACUGAGCUGUCUUUUCCACCACAAUUCUGAAGACUUUGUCUGCCAUGCUCAGUUCCCUCUUUCACCUUUAAUUACUCUCUCUGUUUUACCCCUCUAGCAUCUCUUCCACUCUCCCUAAGUAAGGCUUCAAUUGCCUGCCCAAAACAGUUCAAUUUUAAUCCCACUCUCCUUUUCAUACCCUACAUAAACACUCUACUAGCUACACUGUAAAAUUGCAGUGAAUAGCCAAAACACCACCUAUACUUACUAAACCAACUCUUUCUUCAAGAUAAGCCACCCCCUUCUCCUUUUUUACAACAUAAAACCAAAUACUAGUACUAAUGUGAAGAUAUUAUUAUGGCAUAUUGGAGAUGAAGGAGCGUCAAAGGUGGAGGCCAGAAGAAGAUGCAUUACUAAGAGCUUAUGUAAAGCAAUAUGGACCUAAAGAAUGGAAUCUCAUAUCCAAACGCAUGGGUAAAACACUUGACAGAGACCCAAAAUCUUGUCUUGAACGUUGGAAAAACUACUUGAAACCUGGAAUAAAGAAAGGAUCUUUAACCCCAGAAGAACAAAAUCUUGUUAUCUCACUUCAAGCAAAGUAUGGCAACAAGUGGAAGAAAAUAGCUAAUGAAGUACCUGGUCGUACUGCUAAAAGAUUAGGAAAAUGGUGGGAAGUUUUCAAAGAAAAACAACUUAAGAAAUCACAACAACGUCAAGAAUACAUUGAGUCACCUGCUAUUUCAGCUGUUUCUGGUUGUGGGUCACCGGAAGGAGCAGUUUCCGGUAAGUAUGAUCAUAUAUUAGACACUUUUGCUGAGAAGUAUGUACAACCGAAGUUAUUUGCUUUUCAACCCCAUUUACCUUUGCCAAAUAUCAUGCCAAAUCUUGAACCGCCACCUGUUCUUUCUUUAAACCCGGUUUGUAUGACUGAACCGGUUAAUUCCACUACCAUUCCACCGUGGAUGAACUCAGCAGCAUCUUCUUCAUCAACCCCAUCUGUUAGUCUCACACUUACACCUUCUGAACCGGCUUUGCAUGUGCAUGAACCGGUUCACCCGGAUUUGGGUUUGACAGGCCGGUUCUAUCCGGUUCAGCAACUUGGUACUUUAGUUCAGUACUGUAAAGAGCUGGAAGAAGGAAGACAGAACUGGUUACAACAUAAAAAAGAGGCAACUUGGAGGCUGAACCGGCUAGAGCAGCAAUUAGAGUCAGAGAAGGCUAGAAGAAGAAGGGAGAAAAUGGAGGAAAUAGAAGCAAAGAUGAGGUGUUUACAUGAAGAGGAAAUGGCUUUUCUUGGAAGGGUAGAGAGGGAAUAUAGAGAUCAACUUAGUGCAUUACAGAGAGAUGCUGAGGCUAAAGAAGCAAAGUUAAUGGAAGCUUGGAGUAGUAAGCAAAUGAAGUUGACUAAACUUAUUGAAAAAACUGGAUUUCAUUGUCAUGAUGGUGGGGUUGGAAAUAUUGUAUCCAUAGAUCAGCAUUAGUGAUGUCUGGCUUUUUAGAAACUAUUGUUGUUGCUACUAUCAAAUUAGUUUUCAGGGUUAUGGCUUUUUCAUGUUCUCAAAGUAGUGAUCCUAGAUCUGAUUCUGUAGAUCAAGUCUGCAUAGAUAAAACUUGUUUAUUUAGUCA